GUUCUCCACUUGUCUGGUAAAGUUUUACUAGUUGCAACAGGUUGCAACGUGUUUCAAAAAGUGAGCUCCGGAAAUUAGGAUGAACGAAAAAGUUCUCUGUGCAAUGAUUAGGCAAAUUGUGCAAUAAUGCAACGUCGAAAUUCUUUCCACAAGUGAAACAAAUCUGGAAAGAAAAGUAGUGAGAGUUCGGUAUCUCAUCGAACCAAAAUUUGACUAUAUUGUUGCACCACGUGUAAUGCGUUUCCACCGGUUGAUACAACUCGUACUUCGAGCCGGCACGGUAUAAGAAGGGAGGUGUGAUCCCGGAAUUUGCAUCAUUCGUGAAACGUACAUCAAGCACUACAGUGAUCAGGAGCACUUUUAUGUCGGAGCAGAUUGAAGUUGAUGAAGGAUGAAGUUUUCGGUUGUAAUCCUGAUGAUUACUGUGAGCAUGGCAGUAAAUGGAGACCCCAACCCAAAUUUCCGGCAAAUUCACCCAACAGUGCACCGAAACUCCAACGCCAGUGUGACAUCGGUUCGCUUCUACCUGAACGACACGUUUUGGCAACUGGAGCUGGAACCCAAGACAUACCCAGAGACCGUGAGGGUAAAUUUUGUGCUGAAUGGCACAAACUCUGAGAAUGAUCUUAACGUCCCAAAUUUUCACUAUCAGGGAGUUGUCCUCGGAAAACCCUUGUCCAAAGUUGCAGUCUCGAUCUGCAACGGUGACCACAUUCAAGGGGAAGUGUUUGAUGGGACGGACGUGUACGCCCUGACUUACUACGGUGGACAGUAUGUCACGCGGUACCCGCAAGAGGCUGGAAAUUCGUCGAACGGGAUAAGCCUCUACGCUGGAAAAAAGCCGGUAACGCCUCCCGUUCGUAUCGCGAUGGGCAUCGUCGUCGACCAAACCGUGUUCAAAGAACAUGAUCAUAGUGCCGAAAAGGGGGUUGAUUUCUUCUUCAGCAUUGUAAACAGCCUCAAUGCUCUGCUGGCGAAGUUCAACAUCGUGCUCGAUCUUACCAGAAUCGAAAACUGGACCGAUAAAGAUUACAUCGAAAUGAACUCGUCAAGCGAAGUACUGCUGCCACGAUUCAACAAGUACAUCAACAGCCAGAUGAUUGGUCGGGAUUCGGUUGACUUCGUCGUCCUCUACACGGCGAAUUUGUCGACCGAAGGAGUGUCCAUACACGGAACCAUGGGCUCACGACACGGUUCCGGUUCGGUCGUUAUUACGAAUUUCCACGAUGUGGUUGUCACCGCACAUACCACGCUCCACGAAUUGCUGCAUCUGUUCGGAGUUGGACACGACCAAGGCGGUGAAGAUUUUCUCAUGGCGGUAAAUACCAACAUCUUCGCCAAUGCAAAGGUGAGCAAGGACAGCAUAACUGAGUUGAACGCUGCCAUGCCGAAUAUAUUGGAUCGACUGCUGCAGAAGCAUCAGCAAUGGACGCCGAUCUGUUCCGAGGAGCAAUGCGGUGGACCAAGUUUUGAUCCUGAAACGGAGAAAGGUUUGGCUUGGUGGCAAAUCAGCCUCAUCGUAUUUGGAGCGUUGGGCGUAAUAGUUGCUGUCGCAACGGUCAUCUUGAUGAUCUGUAAGCGUCGACUAUCGCAAGCACAACCUGUGGACCGUCCCGGACCGGUUGUGGCAUACCGGGAGAUUGCAAAAACGGACGCCGAAGCCGUCGCCAUGGACACGGCGAGUGAGUCCAGCGUUGAAACGAAGACCGGUGUGACUGAUUGGUUGAGUACCUCCUUGGCUGUCAGUGGAGUCACGGACGGUCGGUCCAUCGGAAUGGAGAAAGCCACACUCGCUCGCGAAUCAUCUCGCGAAAGUCUGACCAGUGGCCACGUGUCGCCGUCGCAGGUCAGCUUGACCAUCGAAGAUGACUCGUCGUAAUAUUUAGACGCAUGCCAUAUUUUAAAGAAAUUAAGGUAAUUCACGUGAUAAAACUCUUGGAAGACUUGUGGAACGGGAAAAGAGAUUGUGUUCAAAAAGACUAAGUCGUUUAAAAACUAAAAGUUAUUAUUUAUUUGUGUUGUUUAAUAGAAGUACACAUUUCGCAAUUCGCAAUUUUCAGUGUAAGAACGGGCCUUGACCGAUCUUAUGCACUAGGUUCCUGACGAACACGCACUGCCCUUACACCUACAUCUCACCCUUGCUCUGAGUCAGUACGAGCAACACGCUAGAACACGCUUUGAGUGUUCGUGCCAGGCAUGCACACCUUCUUUUCCGGUUACGCAUUUUAACUCGGCCGGGGGUGGUACAUUACGUAGGGUUUGAUGUAAGUAUAAGCGCCUAACCAUUUAAAGUGUGCCUAUCAACUUUCAUUAAAGCAAAAACUAUUUUUUUUUUUUAGUUUGAAUUCAAAAACUAGUUGUUAUUUUACUGUAUAUUGUUUUCUCCUGAAAUCUUUCCUAGUGUUGAGUCGUUUUUAUAUGUUGCUAUUUCUUUUGUCGCGGUGUUUUGUUACAAUGUUUUGGACCUAAGCAUGUUAUUCAAAAGUUUACCAAAAGUACAAUAAUGUUAUGUGUGUGAUCAUUCAAUAUAUUGAGUAAGGACUCGAACCAUACUUGUUUGAAGAAAAGGGCGUAGAUUUAAAAAAUAAACAAUAAAGGAAAGCAAACUACAUAAAGUUCGAUACUGAAAGAAUAAUUGUAGUUUGAAGGAAAGAAGAGUAGGAACCGAUGAUAAUGACAUUUUAAUAAAUACAUAAGUAAAUGGGUAAAGGAAAGAUCAAUGAUAAAUAGAAGUUAACAUGGAUGCAAAAGCAAGUUCAGCAAAUUAGAAAUCAAAUUUAAGUUUUAAUGGAAUGUUAAGUCAAAAUUAAAGGAAAAAAAAUAAAAAUAAACUAAUUUUUUUUUUAAAUAAUAAUAAUUAAUAAUUUUUGGGUUGCAAAUUUGAUUUGCACCCCAGCGCUGCAGAUGCCCUAACAGAUUAAAGACUUUUAGAGGAAAGCCGCCAGUGCUAAAUUGUUUUCUUUUAACUUUUUUCUUGCCUUUAAUUUCUGACAUGAACAUAGUAAAUAUUCGGAGUUAAGUUGUGGAAAAAGAAGAAGCCUAAUUAAAAAAAAAACAAUUCGAAGUAAAGUUUAUUAGAGCAAUACUGUGAAGGGAUUAAUAUCGACUUAAUUAGUUAAAUACAAUUUUUGCAAUUCCGUCGUGAAACUUCUUACUUUUCCUGUCAUUCUUGAACGACGAAAUAGCCUACUUUUCUGUACCAAAAAUAACAGAAUCGAAUAGCAACACUUUUCAAAAUAAAUGCUGAAAAGUUCUAUUUUUCAGCACGGGAAUGGGUGCUGAAAAGUUGAACUUUUCAGCACUUGUUUCGAAAAGUAACAAUUUUCAAUUUUUUUUUGAUUUAAACGAUUUAUUGACAAAAAACAUGAAAAUUUGACUUCAAAUUUCACUCAAUGGGUGUUUUUCGGAAUUGCAAAAAAUGUUGUAUGGAACUCGUUGCAAAACUAGAUUUUUUCAGCGCUCUUCGUAUUUAUCCAACUCGGUGAACCUCGUUGGAUAAAUGUACGACUCGUGCUGAAAAAAUCCUCUUUUUGCAACUUGUUGCAUAAACUACUAUUACAGGCUAUUGUUUAUGUUUGUGCAGAAUUUGUUUAAGUUUUAACAUUACUUUGACUAUUGUUAGGUAUUUAGGCCGUUGCAAAUAUUUUUCAAAGUUUAUGUCCCCCCCCCCCCCUCCCCUUCAAAAUUGGUCUGAAAAAUCAGGGGGCAAAAACAUUUUUUUUCCGAAAAACUUCAAAAUUUCCAUGAAAAUAGAAAUCUAAUCAACUGAAAACAAUCUAAAAUGCAUUUUUCUGCAUUGAUAAUCAUAUUUAGCAUGUUUGGGCUUAUUUGAAAAUGUUUUUAUUUUUUACGAAAUUGCAAUGUACAGCACCGCAAAAAUUUUAUUUUUCGCAAAAAAAAUAAUUUUCGUCAAAACUUAGAUAUUUUGGAAACUAAUAAUGGCAAAACAACUGGACAGGUGUAUAAUGCAUUUUAAAACACUUUUUAAAUCAAAAUGUUGAAACCAUGGCUCGUAAUUUUAAUUCUUAUACAUUUUUAUUUUUUUGCGUGUUUGAAACCGCCUUAAAUCGGGGAUAUGGGACCAUCCACAAACCACGUGGAC